GAGAGGGCUGCUGUUAAAAAGGGUCAAAUCGCCGAGAUAAACGCGCGCGCGCGGGGCUGCACUCAGAAGAUUCCUCGGCCAAUUUUUCAAAACGCCCUGUGUGUGCCCGUGAAUGGUCGAUCGCGUAAAUAUCCGACGUGUACUCGCCGGCGCUCUUUAUUCAUCGCCCGACUUUACGAAGUAACCUUAUUCGGCUAAUUGAUCGAAAAAAGCUCUGGAACGGUAAUUUUUCUAUAUAAUUGCCCUCCCGCUCGCUGUGGAGCUAAUGGAUUAAACUCUCGCUCGGUCGGUCUGCUCAUAAAUAUGCAGCUGAUUUUUUUCGCCUCGCGGCGGCCGCUGCAGUUUGAUUGCGCGCAAAUUCUUCAUUACACGCGCUGCGGUUAAAGUUCGAUUGCACGAGUUGUGGGCUGAUUUUUAGAAAACGUAUCGACCCGCGAGGACGAGCGUGAAAGUUGCAGCUGCCGCCAUAGGUGGGGACUCGUGAAUAUUCGACGGGGUUGUGUAAAAUCGGCUAGAGGAAUUAACAAAGGGGACACAUGCCGCAUCGCGAGGAGGAGACACAGAGAGAGAAAGAGAGAGAGAGCACGUAAGACAGUGGGGUGAGGAGCGGGCAGCAGCCAUGGCCGGAGGGAGCGGAGCGAGAGAGCUGACGAGUCGCGGCGGGUCUGGUCGGCGCGCUUGCGUAUGUCCGGGGCGCGAGCCGCUCGCACCGAUAGGGGUGGGGUGGGGGAGCUGCGCGCGCCGCUCGUACUCCCUAGACACGGCGGCAGGCAGGCAGCGCAGAGCAGCCCGGCCGAGCGAGCGCCCGGCCUGCGCCAGUUCCAGCGCACACCUACCCCCAUACAUGCGCUGCGGAGACUGAGAGACAGACUCUGCGCGGCGCUAGUGCUCUCUCUCUCGCGCGCGACUCAAGCCUCCCUGCUCUGCUGCGGAGAGACGCGGACGAGUCACGAGAGUGCGUCUCUGCGGGAGGAUGCUCCUGCUCGCGUAGUGCCGUAAGUAGCAGCGCGUACCUGCAUCGAUUCCGAGUGCGCCGAGUCUUGCGGUCGAUCGAUGCCGUCUCUCCGAGCCUCUCCGAGCCGUUGAAGCGCGCGAGAGCGAGUGCCGGCGUUGUUGUGACCAGAUGCGGAGGAGACUGCAGCCAGCGGCGACGACGACGACGGCGAUGAGCAGGCUGAAGCUGCUGCUCUAGUCGCCGGCGGGGCCGCGGACUCGUCGCGGGAUGCAGCUCGUCCUGCAGCCGCUCUGGCUGUGGCUGCCGCUGCUGCUGAGCGUCGCCGGGCGCGGCGGGGCCGCCGUUGCAGCAGCAGCGGGCUGCAAGCUCAGCGAGCACAGGUGCGCCAGCAGCGGGAUCUGCAUCGCUCAGGACAAGUUCUGCGACGGCGAGAACGACUGCGAGGACAAGAGCGACGAGCCGGUCUACUGCACGCCCUGCAACCGCACGCUCUACGGCGAUGUGGGCCGGACGUACGAGCUCCAGGUGCGGAGGCCGCGCGAGGAGAGGCUGCCCUUUCUCUGUCACCUCAACUUCACCGCGGCCGGCCGGGACUUUGGCGAUCUCGUCCAGCUAACCUUCGACACGUUCAACGUGGGCCGCUUCCUGAGCUUCACCUCGGACGGCUGUCCCGACGGCUACAUGUCGAUCGCCGAGGAGAUGCGCCCGGCGACCGGAGGCCAGUGGUGCGGCAGCGCCUGGGGUUACACCGUCUACUACAGCGAGACCCGCUCCAUCAACCUGACUCUCUAUCUGUCCCGGCUAUCCGGCCAGGGCAACGACUACAACUUCGACUUCAAGCUGUCGUACAAGUUUCUCAAGCGCAGCGAGGCGCACCUCAGGUACGGCAACAGCAGCCUGAGCACAUGGCGGGGCGAGCUGGUCAAUGCCACUUACUGCGAUCGCGUUUUCACAAGGUGCGACGUGCGGGCCUGCCGACUGCAAUCGCCCAACUACCCGGGCGUCUACCCAAGGAACGUCACCUGCUACUACCGGAUCGAGCAGAAGCGCGCGCCGCCGGGUCACCGCGCCCUGCUCGCGGUCAGCCAGCGCAACAGCCACAAGAUACACAUCAAGGACCAAGUCAACAAGUACGACACCAGCCUGAGGAGCCUGAGAGUCUGGGACCAGUGCAACGUGGUGCAGGACUACCUCACGGUCUACGACGGCGGCUCGACCUCCGACCGAGUGCUGGUUAGGCUCUGCGGGGGCGACGCCGUGCCCGACAUCGUCGGCAGCCGCGACACCAUGCUGCUCGAGUUUCACACCUCGCCUUACGAUAACCCCUUCCACCCGGUGCCGCUGUCCUUCCUCCCGGGCUUCGAGCUCGAAGUCCAGGUGAUCCUGGUGGACGAGCGCUCGGCCGGCUCGUUCGUGGUGAAGGACAACGACAAGUGCGACUUCCACAUAUCGAGCUACGAGAGCAGCUGGGGCAUGCUGGAGAACCCGAAGCACUCGCUGCCGCCCAACACGACCUGCCGCUACCACUUCCAGGCCAAGCCCAACGAGAUCGUCUGGCUGGCCUUCGUCAAGUACUACGCGGCCACCGGCGACCCGGUCGUCGCGGGGGCCGUGUCCGCCGGGGGCGACGCCUCCAACUCCGAGUGCAACGUCAAGCUCAUGAUCUGGAACGGGAAGAGGAGCGCGGCCCAGCCCGCCGGGGGCUCGGCCAAAGGCGAGCUCGGCGCUGCCAAGGAGAACGCGACGCUGAUGGGCGAGUUCUGCAAGGACGAGAUCCCGAGGCUCUGCGACCACAGCCUCCUGCGCAACGGCAGCCGUCACGCCCGGCCCUGCAGCCUCUCCGAGAGCUACGUGUCCACCGGCCGCUACCUCACCCUCGAGCACGUGCUGCGCCAGGGCAGCGCUCUCUACCCGGUGAGCUUCGUCGUGCGGUACGAGUUCGUCCACGAGGCCGGCUCCUGCAACCGGCUCUUCAGCGCCGCGGCUUUCGGCAGCGGCUCCGAGCUCCAGACCUUCGGCUCGCCCAGGAGCGUCUUCUUCUACGGGAGGGGAGGCGCGGCCAACUUGACCUGCGUCUACAGGUUCGAGACCGGGCCGGACAAGCGACUCGAGCUGGCGAUCAACAGGGCCUCCUUCGGGGGCAGGGACUGCUGGGCCAGGAUCGACCCGCUGGUCAAUAGGUGGUCCUGCGAGAGGCAGCACGAUCCUGCCGAGGGCGUGGCGGAGCUGCGGCUGGCCGAGUACCCCUGGCAGGGGGUCCAGCUGCCCCGCGACUGUCUCUGCUCGAACCUGAGCGAGCGGCUGGUCUUCCAGUCGCUGUCGUCGAGCAAGCUAGAGCUGACCUUCCAGGUGAGCCGGAUGAACGUGACCCAGGACUACCUGGACUUCUUCUUCGAGGGCGAGUUCCGAUUCGUGACCGCUGCCUCGCUCCUCGCGCCCGGAGGCGCAGCCGGAGAUUCAUUGGCCGGGGCAGGGGAUCAGCAGCAGGGACCAGGCUCGGCUGCGGCUGCCGCAGCCGCUGCUCAGGCCUGCCAUGGCUCCUCUCACUCGCUCUCGGACUCGCCCAGGCUCAGCAGACUCGAGGAGAGGAGGUUGAGGGGCACCAGCGGGGAGAUCUCCCUCAGAAGUCCGCCGUUACCGCCCGCCUCGUCGGCGAUACCCCAGAAUACGGUCUCCUCAUCGGUGUCCUCGGCGAGCGACGGUCUCUCGCGCAAGGACCGCAUGGGCAGCCUGGCCACGGUCGACGAGAGUCUGGGUCUCCUUCCGCCCAGUGGUUCCUCCCAGGAUCCCUCGGGCAAGUCCUCCCAACGCUCGGGUGGUGCCAGCAGCGCCGCCGAGGUGACCCACUGCGUGAACGAGCCCUGGCUGAUCGAGCCCGAAGAUUCGCGGCUGCACUUCCUCUAUCUCAAGACACCGGGCUUCCGGCUGGACCGACACAACGUCGACGACUGCCCGACCCGGAACCGCAUCAUCGUCUACCCCGCGGCCAACACCAUGGACCGCACCGUCGUCUGUCCGGCCGAGGGCAACGGUACCGGUGGUCGGGGCAGAGGCUCCGGUCAUCACAACCACGAGAGCCAGAGGAUCGUCGAUCUCAUAUCCGGCGGCUGGAACCGGAGCGGCAGCGUCGUGGCCAUGGGGGCCGGACCUCAGAGCCAACAACAGCAGCAACACGCCAGGAGUUUCGUCGUCGAGUUCCUCCAACAGGAGCCGGGAUACUACGUCGUCACGUGGAUGGCCAUAUCCAAGAGGCUGCUAGGUGGACCUGGGGACAACUUUUUCGGCGGAGCUCUCGCGCCGUCCAGCGCCGAGUGUCCUUAUAGGUGUCCGGAGCUGGAAGCCUGCAUAAGCUCGGUGCUCUGGUGCGACGGUGUACGCCACUGUCCCUCGGGCUUCGACGAACGCGAGGAGAACUGCUCGUAUCGCUUCGGCGUGACGCUGCUCUACGUGGCCAUAGGCGCAGGUGCUCUGGGGAUAUUCCUCAUACUCCUUCUGGCCACCGGCUGCCUCAAGUACUGUCUCUACCGGCGACGCAAACUACAGAGGCGUCGGCUGCAAAAGAAGCUCCCGCCUCAGGGGAGCAGCGCGGACGAGCAGCAGCGUCUGCAGAAGAAGAAGGUACAGGUGCUGAGCGUCAACCACCUGAACAGCCCGUCGAAUCACUCGACGGCGAGCCGCAACAACGGCAGCCUUGACUCUUCGAUCCACCACCAGCAACACCACCACCACCACCACCAUCAGCCCCAACAACAGCAGCAGCAGCAGCAGCAGCCGCGUUACGCCAACGCGGCUUUCGCUCGAAUCGGUCGCUACGACACGAACACUCUGACGAGGCACCAGCAGCAACUGCAUCGGCAUCAACCUGCACCCCCGCAACUGCGAGACGACCUCGAGGACGAGGAGGACGACUUCUCGACGGAUAAGUACGCCAAGGACAGCAUCUGUUGACAGUACGCCAACUACUACAGCGACGUCAUGGAGACGACCGUCUGAUCGGAUGACUCGAUUGAUGAUGAUGGCUAUAUGCAGGACACGAUGUAUACACGCAGUAAAAAUUUUUCUCCCCUCGGUUGAGUUCGCGCGCGUCAGCAUCGCAUAUUUUUCUAUAAUAUACGACGGGCCUAUGUAUCGUGUGUUCAAUUCUCGACGAAGAAUCGCUGUAGCGGCUCGCGCUUUAUACACAAUAUUAUACACGCAUACAUGCGCGCGCAUAAUAUAUAGUUUUAAAAACGGUAGAGCCAGCUGUCUUCCCGCCUUCUUUUACAGACUGCCCCCACUCUUGGUAUAUCACAAUCGAACAAUUAUGCCACCAGUCAAUCUUUGCGUCGUGAUAUAGAAAAGAAAUUUUUACUGUAUUUACGCAUUACGAGUAUAUAUUAUUAUAUACAUACACACGACAUUACGAAUUAUAUGAGGGGACAGACGAUGAUUCUGCGCACUUUGCUCUCGUUGUAUAGUAAAAAAGGGAAUAUGAUAUAUAUUGAGGGAAAGUACAUACGAGCGGAGAAUUAUAUUAUUAUAUAUACAUUACGUAUAAAAGAACAAAGAAGCCGCGCGCAGAGUACACGUGACGCGCCGUUUUAUAUAUAUAUAUAUAUUUAAAAUAAAAAAAGGAAACACACGAGCGCGCGGACCGCCGUCCGGUUCGUCAUUAUUCACACGAAGCCGUUUAUAUAUUAUACAUAUACAUAUGAAAUCGGAUCGAGACGUAUUAAGAAUUGUAUAACCGACCGAGUAUUACUAUGCAAAUUAAGUGGACUUUUUUCACACACACACACACACACGUUACUCCAUGCAUUCCGAGAAAUUGUCGAACAUUACACCUUGAAAACUGACACUUUUUUGUACGUCUAUACACUUUUUGUAUAAUGCCGCGAGGAAAACAAGUGUCAUCUCCGUCGUUCUCUUUUUUCCCCUCUUUAUAUAUACGUAAAACGGAAUAACGGAUGCAAGAGAAUCCACACACGAAGGCGUAACGCGCGUCGAACGCGUCGAAUUUUUCGGUAUAUAUAUAUAUAUAUAUAUAUAAAUAUAUAAAUAUAAAUAUGAAUAUACAUCCCUUGCGUUUGCGCCAGGUAAUAGGCGACAGAGAGAGAGAGAGAGAGAGAGAGCAAAAUAAAAACGAAUAUCAAGGCAUGUAGUACGGAUAAACGAAGUAAUUCUAGUCUAUAUAAAUCGCGUGACGCCGAGAGAGGGAAGACGCGCGCGCGAGAGAGAAAUUCUUCUUACCGUGUUGUGUAUACUUACGAAUAUGUCGAGGAAGAAGAAGAAACUAAUGCCAAUAUUAAAAAAUGUCUCGCCGUGCUCUCCCUCUCUCUCUCUCUCUCUCUUUCCAACGAAAUUUUAUCUUCCAAAAACGCUCCACGAGAUUAUCUCGCCACGACCGGGCGAUGCAAUAAAGAAUAAAAAAAAAAAAAGAAAACGAGAG